AUGCAAUUUGAAAUGUCAAUCAAGAAUUCCAGAGGAAAAAGAUUUGGAUGGGGCCAUGCGAAUCCUAUCUCUAUUGGUGAUAAAAUUGCUCCAAGGAACCAAUAUUUCAGGCCAUAUUCAAGUCCACGAACAGAAAAGGCAAAGGAUAAAGCAAAACCACUCCAGCCGCUGAACAUCAGUUACCAAAUGAGCUUGACAUCAUUCAAUGCUUCUUCAAAGGAGCAUACAUAUGUCCAAAUUUCUGCUGAAGGGAUUUACGAUGGUGAAACGGGUGUUCUAUGUAUGGUGGGCUGCAAAUAUCUUGACCCAAACAACCAGAUAUUAGCAAAUGAUUCGAUGGACUGUGAGAUUCUUGUCAACGUCCAGUUGUCUCCAUUUGAUUCAAACCAAUAUAUCAAGGGACGCAUUGAAAGCACACGAGAAAGUUCAUCUCCUCUAUACUUUGAACCUUUUUCCUUUUCUGCAGUUCCUUAUUACCGUCGCAUAAACUCGAUACGAAGGAUGGAUUUAGAGAUUACCAUGGCUUUGAUCUCUAAUGCCCUUAUAAGUGUCUUUGUGGGAUAUCAAAUCUUCUAUGUGAAGAAACACCCUAAUGUAUUCCCUUUUAUCUCACUUCUCAUGCUUGUAGUACUUACAGUAGGGCGCAUGAUCCCGCUAGUGCUCAACUUUGAAGCUUUGUUCUUGCCAAAGCAAAAUACUCAAUCUUUCCUGGUCAGCGGUGGUGGAUGGGUUGAAGUGAAUGAGGUGAUGGUAAAGGUGGUAACAAUGGUAGCUUUUAUGCUGCAAUUCCGGUUUCUGCAACUCGUAUGGUCUGCACGAUUGGCUGAUGGCAACCAAAAGGCCUCAUGGGUUGCUGAGAAGAAGGCACUCUAUGUAUCUCUACCAUUGUAUAUAGCUGGGGGCCUAAUUGCCUUGUUUAUGAAUUGUUGGAAUUGUAAACUAGGCAAGGAGAUGGAUUCUCCAAGCUUUUACAGAAACCAGCAUUCCCUUUGGCCGAACAUAAGGUCUUAUGCUGGCUUGGUGCUGGAUGGUUUCCUUUUCCCUCAAAUCCUCCUAAACUUUUUCCACAACUCAAGAGAAAAUGCUCUCUCUUGUUUCUUCUACAUAGGGACUACAUUUGUGCGCUUGCUACCACAUGCAUAUGAUCUUUACAAGGCACACUUUUAUGUCGAUGAUUUCGACUGGUCUUACAUAUAUGCAGAUCCAUCUGCAGAUUAUUACUCCGCUGCUUGGGAUAUGAUCAUUCCUUUAGGGGGUCUGCUGUUUGCUGCAAUCAUAUAUCUGCAGCAGAAAAAGGGCGGCCGUUGUUUCUUGCCGAAGCGUUUCAAGGAGCUGGAAGGAUAUGAGAAGGUGCCUGUGGUUGACAAUCCAUAA